GAAUGUAAAGCUGUACAGUUAUGGCGACCCCAAAGAGAAAGCAUGAAAGAACCUUUAGAGUAGAGUUCAACACUUAAGGCAAGUAGACAAGCCAAAGACCUCUUAAGGAUCAGGCUUGAAGAGAAGGGAGAGUUUGGGAAAAGAAAAAAAUAAAGAAAAGCUGGAAGAAGGACAAGCCUAAUGGGAGACAAAGCCUCGCUUUACCUACAAAAGGGGGAAAAGGUUGUUUUUCAAAGUUAAAGAUAAAGCCAUCUGUCAUAUUUGGCCAAGCAUCUCAUGACAAGUCCUUCUGACAAGCACUUAAAGAGUUAAAGGUCAAGAUGAAGUUGAAUGAUGGCCAAGAUUAAAGGAGUCAUACCUGAUGAUGUUCGUGAUGCUGAAGAUGCUUUACAUAAUUUGGACAGAAAAUGGAUUUGUGGACGCCAAAUUGAAAUACAGUUCGCACAGGGAGAUCGAAAGACUCCAAAUCAAAUGAAAGCCAAGGAAGGGAGGAACGUGUACAGUUCUUCACGCUAUGAUGAAUAUGACAGAUACAGACGUUCUAGAAGCCGAAGUUAUGAAAGAAGAAGAUCAAGAAGUCGGUCCUUUGAUUACAACUAUAGAAGAUCUUAUAGUCCUAGAAACAGUAGACCGACUGGAAGACCACGGCGUAGCAGAAGCCAUUCCGACAAUGAUAGAUUCAAACACCGAAAUCGAUCUUUUUCAAGAUCUAAAUCAAAUUCAAGAUCACGGUCCAAGUCCCAGCCCAAGAAAGAAAUGAAGGCUAAAUCACGUUCUAGGUCUGCAUCUCAUACCAAAACUAGAGGCACUUCUAAAACAGAUUCCAAAACACAUUAUAAGUCUGGCUCAAGAUAUGAAAAGGAAUCAAGGAAAAAAGAACCACCUAGAUCCAAAUCUCAGUCAAGAUCACAGUCUAGGUCUAGGUCAAAAUCUAGGUCAAGGUCUUGGACUAGUCCCAAGUCCAGUGGCCACUGAUAAUAGUAUAUAAACCAUGAUAUUUUUAGGCAUGUAUCAUUCAUUUACUCAUAGUUUGGUUUACUUAAAUUAUCAGGAAUACAAUGUUGCAAUGAUGCUUAAAAAACACUUGUCAGUUUUCCCUGUACCAGGCAAUGGUUAUAUUUAAAAUGAUUUGCUGUUGAGAAGCCACUCUUAAGAGUCCAGUUUGUUUAAUGUUAUGGGCAGCUACCAAUUUGUGGUGUCUCUGUAUAUUUUUGUAAAGAUUCUCAAUUUUUAUGCUCGAAGUAUUGGUGAAAAGAUGUUGGUUGACCAUAAUUUGCAACAUUGUCUUAUUAAAGAUAAACUUUCAUAUCCAUAUUUGGUAGAACUGUUAACGUAGAAAUGUAGCUUGCUAAGUAAUAAGAUAGAAUGAUACAAAAGUGAAGCUGUAGCCACAGUACAACACUGACUGAUCACACACACUUAGGUUCAGGGUGGACCUUUUUGUCUUGUCAAAAUGUUUAGGCCCGUGAUAAUAGUUAACUUAAGAUAGUGUGGAAUAGUUCUUUUGUUAACCCCACUGUCUUGGAGGAUGAUGCCAGCUAGGUCAAGUAGCAUUUUCAAGAAGAUUGAGUUUUAUACUGAAAAUAGAAUCUUCCCUCUCCCCCACUCCUUUUUAAAUUUUUUUUUUAUUUGUCUGUGUGUGUCUAUGUGUGUGGAGAUUUGCAACAUAAACAUCAGCAAAAUUCACCUUAAAGUUUAAGCAGGUUGGUGAUGACAAGAAUAGUUUUAUAGGGGGAAAGAAUGCUCUUUAGUUACUCUAAAUCUUAAGGAACUUUUUUUUUUUUUGCCAUAAUAUUUUCAAAGGGCUGAAUAUUGAUGCUUAUAGCACUUGAGUGCAUUUGUAUCAACAUUUGCCAGCCUCUUUCUGAAGGAGGUUUGUUCUUCAUACCUCAGUUAUUUUCAUGAGGCAAGUUGAAAGACAACGCUCCCUUUCUAGGUGAUCCUUUGGUGUCAUGAAAUUCUACAUGAUAUGGGGGGAUUUUUUUUUCCCCCAAGUAAAUUAACAUCACUGAGAUUUUGAUUUUGAUAUAGUACACCAGUACUUGACUGAAAAUGAAAAAAUAAUACUCAACCAGUUACAAUCUCUAGCAUCUUUUACUGUCUUGUGGGCAGUAAAAGUUAACUUCACAUGUCCAAUCUCAUUUCAAAAUAAAAGCUAGCAUCUUUAAAUUUCUUAGAUUGCUUGCUUGAAGAUAAAAGGUGUUCUCCCCAAUGUUGGGGAGAACAGUUGCUUUUAGAGAGUUACUCUUUUUCAGUUUUGGUUUUACUAAUCUAGGCUUUACCUGUAAAGAACAAAGGGUGGGGUAUGUUGGGUGUUGUUUUUUUUUUUUAAUACUGUGUGGAAUAUGUUUAAAGGAUUGGUUCUAGAACCUUUGUAUAUUUGAUAGUAUUUCUAACUUUCAUUUCUUUACUGUUUGCAGUUAAACGUUGAUGUUCUGCUAUGCAAUCAUUUAUUAAUUUUUAGAUUUUCCUGGAUGUAUAGUUUAAACAAAAAGUCUAUUUAAAACUGUAGCAGUAGUUUACAGUUCUAGCAAAGAGGAAAGUUGUGGGAUUAAACUUUGUAUUUUCUUUCUUAUAGAAGCUAAAAAGGUAUUUUUAUAUGUUCUUUUUAACAAAUAUUGUGUACAACCUUUAAAACAUCAAUGUUUGGAUCAAAACAAGACCCAGCUUAUUUUCUGCUUGCUGUAAAUUAAGCAAACAUGCUAUAAUAAAAACAAAAUGAAGGAAAU